AUGGCUUCUUCUGCCACCCAUUUCUCCCUCAUUUCAAUAGCCCUUCUCUUAUUUUUCUGCAUAUCACAAUCACAUGGCAAAACCGAACUCCGUCCAUUUAUCUUACCCAUUGAGAAAGAUACAGAAACCAAUCUGUUUUAUACUUCAGUUGGCAUAGGAACUCCACGACAUGACAUGAAUCUAGUCAUUGAUCUUGGAGAACUAUUCCUAUGGUAUGAUUGCAACAAUCACUACGAUUCUUCAACUUACCAUCCUCUCCCUUGUGAUUCCAAAAGUUGCCCCAAAUUUGCUCCAUGCCAUAGCUGCAACCUCCAUCCUAAACCAGGUUGCACAAAUGAUACAUGUGGUGUCUUUUUCAUCAACCCCUAUGGUGACUCUCUUUUUGAAGGUGACUUUGGUAAGGAUGUGUUGUUCAUAUCUCAUACCACAGUGUCUGGCCUACUUUCUGCGUGCAUCAAUUUAGACGCAUUUCGUUCACGUUCACCUCUAGCUGGCUUACCCAAAUCUACUAAAGGGAUAUUAGGCCUCUCAAGGUCACAACUUGCAUUACCAACGCAACUCUCUUCAUCUCUUAAGCUUCCUCGCAAGUUUGCUCUUUGCUUACCAUCUUCAAACAAAAAAGGACUCGGCAAACUCUUCCUUGGUGGGGCACCCCAUUCUAUUCUUCAUCAAAAUGCUUCCAAGUUUCUGCUCACAACCCCUUUGGUUGUCAACCCCGUUAGCACUGCUCCAUUCUCCUUAGCUCAAGGUGAUCCCUCUUACGAAUACUUCAUAGUAGUGAAAUCAAUCAAGGUUGGCGGUGAAGUUCUCAACUUUAACUCUUCCCUUCUUUCCAUUGACAACAAGGGAAAUGGUGGAACCAAAAUUAGUACCAUCGAUGCUUCCACUUUUCUACAUAGUUCCAUAUACAAACCACUUGUUAGAGAUUUUGUCAAGAAGGCUGCGGAUAGAAAAAUAAAGAAAGUGGCAUCAGUGGCACCAUUUGAAGCAUGUUUCGAUUUCAACACCAUUGGUAGGACUGUUACUGGAUUGGAUGUGCCAACUAUUGAUUUGGUGUUAGAGGGGGGAGUGCAGUGGACAAUUUAUGGUGGCAAUUCAAUGGUAUUGGUAAAGAAAAACGUAGCAUGCCUCGGAUUUGUGGAUGGAGGAAAAGAUCCAAGGACAUCAUUUAUUAUUGGUGGGCAUAUGUUAGAGGAUAACCUUCUGGAGUUUGAUUUAGUUUCCUCAAAACUAGGCUUCAGUUCCUCCCUCCUCCUUCAUAAUGCAAGAUGUUCAAGUCUAGAAGCUAAUUUCUUUCCCUUUUAA